AACACAGCAGCCAACCUCACCCGCAUUUCUGGCAUUUGACAGCCACGAAUUCUUUCAUCCGUAUGUGCGAAGAUGAAACAAACUGCAGUGUACGGCGCAUUUAAAAAGGUCCGCAAGAAUUUAAGAAAAAACGUUUCAGAUGAUCAGUCUGCUCAACUUUAUUCUAUAUUAUCCACAAAAUCUUGCAAGCGCUUGAUUCAGUUGUUGGAUUUCAUUGCCGCUCCAAAACCCGAGGUGCCACCAGAUGAAGAAAACAUGGUUGGAAAGAUUGAAGAAACUCUGGACUUCCUGUGCACCGGUCCGCUAUCCGAAAACCCACAGGAUGUAGAGGCGAAUGAACUGGCACGACUUCUUACUAAGCCCCUCUUUCGUUACUUUGCUGAGGCCUACACUGAGGCUGCCACCAAGCGCUACUACAUGCCCGAACUACCCGAAUCCGGUUUGUAUACUGUGUCCGGUGCUGGAACUUACGGGACCAUGCCAAGUCUGAUGGCCAGCAGAGGGUCUACUCUGCCUCUAAAUGCACCAAGCACUGGCAAUGUUUCUGCUUCUGGGAGGCAAACAGAUAUCAACGGAUACGACGGAUCGCCAAUGGCAUUUGUGGAGGCACCGGGUUACGAUGGGGCUCCUAAGACACAGGCCACUCUCACGGGUGGUGGGUUUGGUCCAGCACUUCCACCAGUGGAGGGCACUGUGAAGAUUAUAAGCUUCCAGAAAAAUCUAGGGGAAGAUUUGGGGAUCACCGUCGUUCAGCAACAAUACAUGUCGGCACAUUAUGGAUUAGUCAAGGAGUUGGUGGUCAAGCGCAUAAUGACUGGGUCACGUGUGGAUCAACAAGCAUUGUUGCACGAGGGUGACGUGAUUCGGGAGGCAAAUGGGGUCCCAGUCGACACACCUCAACUUCUUCAACGGGUACUGAGGAAUGCGGUCGGCAACGUCACGCUCAAGAUCAUCUCGAGUUACCAAAACACUACGGCUUCCUCCCAACUUUUUCUUCGUGCGUAUUUCUCGUACAAUCCAAAGAUAGAUAAUCUAAUCCCAUGUAAAGAAGCCGGUUUGCCGUUCAGCGCUGGUGACGUCCUCCAAAUACUGAAACAGGAUGAUCCUUACUGGUGGCAGGCUCGGCAUUACGGGCACCAACAGCGAGCCGGCCUUAUCCCAUCUGAGGUGCUGCAAGAACGUCGCAGAGCCCAUGUCCAGAGUGCGCCGAAUGCGGAGGAGCUCACUUACAGAAUGGUCGCUUGUGGAUUGGCACGUCGCCGUCGAAAAAAGGUUGUUGCUACAUUUCGCGCUAUGGAUGCCGAACAAUUUGAAACGAAAAACCUUGUGCUAUACGAGGAGGUCGCUCUCAUCUCCGGAUUUCAGCGCCCCGUAAUUUGCCUCAUUGGGGCCUCGGGAGUCGGCAGGAGAUCCUUACAGAGGAUGCUGGUCCGAUCCAAUAGAGAGCGUUACGCAACGGCAAUACAGCAUACAACGCAAGAGCAGGAUCCAGACGAGGACGAUGAUACGGAGUUCAUUUUGGAAUCACACACAAGUAUGGAGAAAGCUCAUCGCGAAAACCAGUUCCUGGAAUUUGGUGAAUAUGAAGGCCACUACUACGGGACCAAAUUGAACAGUGUACGUGAGGUGAUAAACACAGGACGAACAUGUCUGCUCGAUUGCGCCGUUCACGCGGUGCCCAAAAUACGAAACUCCGAAUUCAUGCCAUACAUCGUCUUUCUGGCCGCGCCGUCAGUCAGUUGCAUGAAAGCAAUGUACGAGUACGGAAUGAGCAUGGGCUUCACACACAAAUGGAAGCGGGAUGAAAACUUUCGAAGAACAUUGGAAGAAAGCGAGUACAUAGAGCGAAACUACCGAUACCUGCUGGAUCUCAUUCUCCUGUGCGAUAACAUUGAGACCAACUUCGAACAACUGUCCCAAGCCUUAGAUGACCUCCUGGUUCAGCCACAAUGGGUACCCGCAAGAUGGUUGUAUUAGCAUGGAGAGCACCGCGGCGGUGGACCACUGACAAUCAGCGAUUCCUUGUAAAUAUCCACCCUAACGGGCUCAGUGGUUCGUUAACAUGCAAUAUUCCGAACUUUGAAUUCACUUGCGCCACCCUUUAUUCAAAUAAUUCCACUGACUAUUUUUUAUAACAGACCACAGCAAUAUUCCAUAUUGGCUCCAUUUUUUGCAAAUAGUUCGUUUGAGUUAGCACGAGAUUUUGUACAAGUGCUCAACUACAAGCAGCACUCAUGCCGAACCGGUGCCUUUUGGAACCGUGUCUUCGAUUUGGCGGUAAAACUGAAUCGCUGCUUAAUUGGGAAACAAAGUUAUGCGCGCAGUGGAGAGACCCAAGAUCUUCAGGAUGCUGGCUCACUAUAAGCAAUGGCGGGAAAGUGGCGUGCCAUUACCUGAAUAAUACAAAGAGCGCACUUGGACAAACACAAAGGUAAACAAGAGACGAAACAGUUGGGUGUCUAUUGCCCUCGGUACUAUUCACUGAAUCACAUGUAGAUAGCGCUGAAGCAAAAGUGUAGACCAGGGAGGGGGAUAGCGGCAGCUAUCAAACUGCUGAGAUGCCAAACCAAUCAAGAAGCGAUGGCAGGUCCAUUACAAUCACUCGAUGUGCAUAGUUGCAACACACACGACAGCGCCAGAUAGAUCCGAAUGUGCUCAGUCAGUGCCAGCGGCGAAAACAAGGGGCUCAUAGGUGAGCCACAUGGCACUCAAUAGAGUUGCGUCGGUCCGCCACUCAUUGCCAUGAGUGAUAAGCGAAGGUCCCGCGAGGGGUUUCAAGACUAACCGUCGACCUACCCGAUUAGUUGGUGACGUAAGCCGACUGACGCACCCCAGAAACACAGGGAUAGCGGUCUAGACGGUUGUGGCUGACGACUCGUAGACAGUGAAGGUCACCAAUCGCAAGCUGUUUGUAGCCGCGACAUUGCGUGUCUGCUCGAUACGGAAAAAGCUCAGUUAGUACUACGCACUAUCUGUCAACACGGAUCUGCUAGAAACGACUCUUGUGUCGUAGCCAAGGAGGUACCGUACUAGUGCGAAAUUUUACAGUCGUGAGUACUUAACUGCUGAACCUGCCGAACCACUAUUCCAACAACAGGAAGAAAUCUACGAAGUUUGCAGCGCAAGCGCAUGGUGCAAACAGGGAAUUACUGUCACUGAUGGCGCUGAUGACUGGUUGUUGCUUAGGCCAAAGUCAUUAAGUUGCACGAGGCAAUUUCUUUGUAGAGGAAGCAGUACAUAAAGCAAACCCGUCGGAUGAAAAAGGACCUCACUUGCGCUAAUUCUUGCGAGACACCAAUUCAGUGGGAGAAUGCAAGCUGGUGGGUAAGCGAAUUAAGGCACUGGAUGGAAUAAACGGAACAAUGGUGUAUUCAGCGAAACUAUAUCCUCAGGUAUAGUCAACAAUCUUCGCCUUCUUAAAAACCCAACAGAAUCGGAAGAGGAUCCUGUUGAUGAACGUCAAAGCCAGAGGCCACUAAUGCCACAGACGAACUGCCCCGGCCUUCAUCUGGGGGACCACGUACUGACGCCAUCUGCUCAAGAAACAAAGAUGUGCUCAAUAAUCAUCAGAGUUGUAUAAGUGCAGCGAAUGCUACCUACAGCAUGGGAUUCAAAAUGCACGUUCUCCUUACUAUACAGCAGAUGUGAAUGUAUAACAAUAAACCGAAUUUUCGAG